UCGCUGGGUGCACGACUCCUGUCUCACGGGAAACAGGCGACGGAAACGCACUUUGGGUUUGAAACGGUGUCGGAGGAGGAGAAAGGGGGCAAAGUUUACCAUGUGUUUGAAAGUGUGGCCAAGAAGUAUGAUGUGAUGAAUGACAUGAUGAGUCUUGGUAUCCAUCGCGUUUGGAAGGAUUUGCUGCUCUGGAAGAUGCACCCGCUCCCUGGGACCCGGCUGCUCGACGUUGCUGGGGGCACAGGUGAUAUUGCAUUUCGGUUCCUUAACUAUGUCCAGGCUCAGCAUCAGAGGAAGCAGAAGAGGCAGUUAAGAGCCCAACAAAAUUUAUCCUGGGAAGAAAUUGCCAAAAAGUACCAGAAGAAAGAGGACUCUUUGGGUGGUUCCUAUGUCAUGGUCUGUGACAUCAACAAGGAGAUGCUCAAAGUUGGAAAGAAGAAAGCCCACACUCGAGGAUACAAAGCUGGACUUGCUUGGGUAUUGGGAGAUGCUGAAGAACUGCCCUUUGACGAUGACAAGUUUGAUGUUUACACCAUUGCCUUUGGGAUCCGGAAUGUGACCCACAUUGAUCGGGCACUCCAGGAAGCCCAUCGGGUCCUGAAACCAGGAGGACGGUUUCUCUGCCUGGAGUUUAGCCAAGUGAACAAUCCCCUUGUAUCCAGGCUUUAUGAUCUGUAUAGCUUCCAGGUCAUUCCUGUCCUGGGAGAGGUCAUUGCAGGAGACUGGAAGUCCUAUCAGUACCUUGUAGAAAGUAUCCGAAAGUUCCCAUCUCAGGAGGAAUUCAAGGAGAUGAUAGAAGAUGCAGGUUUUCAGAAGGUGACAUAUGAAAGUCUAACAUCAGGCAUUGUGGCCAUUCAUUCUGGCUUCAAAUUAUAA